UUUCUUAGCGCGAACGCAAGCGUUCAACAGUAAUAGAGACACUUUUUCGAAUGCGUGGCUCAAAAAUCCAAAUAACGUCCAAUAUAGUCAGAGCCGCUGCAGCCAAUUGGAGUCUCCGCUGCGGCAAGCAAAGGAACGCGUAGAGGUGGUCAAAAGCUUAUUCCAGAAGACGGUCGAUAUGACGGUUGCAAAUAAGGACGGAUCCACGCCGAUCUAUGUGGCGGCAAGCAACGGCUACCUCGAUAUCGUGAAGUUCUUUCUAGAGAACAAUGCGGACAUUAUGAUAGCAAAUAAGGAUGGACGAACUCCCGCUUACGGUGCAGCAGUAGGGGGUCAUCUAGAUGUGGUGAGGUUCUUACUUAACAGCAACGCGGACAGCACGUUCUUUUGGAGCACCAGGCAAGUAGAAAUUUCAUCUUGACGCAACAAGUAGUAGCAGGUAUCAUGGAAAAAUUGUAACCUGCACCUCGCGUGGACGACAGCUCGGCCUGACUUGAGCAGCCAGAAAGACUACAUUCCUAAUAGGUAAUUCUCGCAAAAAACUAUCGUUUAUCAUUUGUCGCUGUAUAUUUGCUUCAUUUGCAGUUUACGUGACG